GCAUGGGGGUGGGGGGUGGGAGGGGGUGGGGCCCUGCCCAGCUGUGGGGCUCACUGAGGGGUCGCCGCCUGCAAAUUUCUCUCCAGCUCAGGCCUGGGGUGUCCACCCAUCCACCCUUCACAUGGGGACUGUGAACAGGCCAUACAGGGGGCCUCCAGUGGAUGGACUGGCCAAGAAGUUAAUGUCCACCGCAGGACCUCACCCUGGACUCCCUAAGAGGUGGUCAACAGAGCAGCCCCUUCUAGAACCUGCCCAGAACUUCUAGAACCCAUCCGCGGUCCACCCUGGGCCGCUCCCUGGCCUCGCUGCCCUGUCGGUCGCCUGUGAGCUCCUUGCUCCUUCCUGGGUCUGCAGCCCUGGAGAAUUUGCUCACCGAGAUGCCUAAGGGCCGGGCCGGCAGCCUGCCCACGACCUCCAUCGGCUGGCGCUUCCAGCUCUGGUCCCUAGGACUCACCUGCCCGGAGCGCCACCUGGCCAGGCGCCUCAAGAACAAUAGCUUCUACCCAUUCAUGCAGCAGGAGCCAAACGUCUUCGUGCUCGAAUACUACCUGGACACACUGUGGAAGGGGAUGCUGCUCUUCAUCAUCAGCGUGGUCCUGGUCAGCUUCAGCUCCCUGAGAGAGGUGCAGAAGCAAGAGACCUGGGUCUUCCUCGUGUACGGCGUGGGCGUGGGCCUGUGGCUCGUGAUCUCGUCGCUGCCGCGGCGCCGCCUGGUGCUGAACCAUACGCGCGGCGUGUACCACUUCUCCAUCCAGGGCCGCACCGUGUGCCAGGGCCCCUUGCAUCUGGUCUACGUGCGCCUGGCGCUCAGCUCCGACGCCUACGGAAGGUGCUUCUUCCAGCUGGUCCUCGGCGGCCACAGGUUGGAGCCCCUGGUGCUGGUGCAGCUGUCGGAGCACUACGAGCAAAUGGAAUACUUGGGCCGUUACAUCGCCCGGAAACUCAACAUCAACUACUUCGACUACCUGGCCACCUCCUACCGGCACGUGGUUCGCCACUGGCCACCCCCUGGCGCUGGCACUGUGGUGCGCAAGAGCCCCAUGGGUCACAAGCCCAGCUCCUCUCAGUCCAGCCUGGAGGUGUGACUCUGAGGGCCUCCCCCACCUCGGGACUGUGUUCUCGGUAACCUCCCAGCCCCACUCUGGGGCAGAUCAAAUGUGAGUCCCACUCACUGGCCUUCCUUUCAAUAAAGCUGCCUCAGCUUCCA